GGGCAGGACAGGGCUACACGUGGCCUCUCAGGGGUCCGGGAGCCCAAGAAAUAAGCGCGGGGGCUCGGGGAGUUCACGGGUCUCCAGCCCGGCGGGUGGGCUAGCAGGGUGAAAAGGUCAGCGCCAGGCGGUGGAGAAGGCAGCCCGGCCCAGAGCAGAACAGAGACAGCGUGGGGCUGGGUGGUCGGGACUGGGGUCCUGGGGCUGUGCCGCCUGCGCCAGAUCCUGGCCCUGCUUCAGUCUCCCUGGUGACCUUGGGCAUGAACCGCACCUCCCCGUGCCUCGGUUUACCGGUUUGCGAAGGGAAUGUGAUCAUGAUCAGAUUUACUAUGAGGAAGCGAGGAGAGGGGCCAUCCCAUCUGCCCUUCUGAAAGUUUAGAGUAUGUUGUUGGUACUCUGUUGACGCCAGCUUUACGGAAAAGAAACCUGGGGCUCAGGAGGUUUUUUUUACUAACUGGCCCACCUGCCACAGCCAGCAGGUGGCAGAGCCGGGGUCUAGCCAGUUUCCCCAGCCAGUUCCAUAAAGUUCUGUCGGUUUUCCUCAUUCAGAGGACCCAGUUUACCUUUCCUUCCUCUGGGUAUGCCCCAACCCACCUCACGCUCUCUCCUGGUAAGCCCCAGAGGGCAGUGUGGGAAUCUGAGCCUCCCUGGGCUGUGCUGGUGCCCCGACACGUUGGGACACUGACGAGGGGCUCAGAAAGUGCCGGCUUCAUGGGUGAGUGGGUGGGUGGCUGCCUUCUAGGUCUGACAUCAGAGAUGAAGCUGGCUGUGCCCUGGGGACACAUCGCUGCCAAGCUCUGGGGCUCCCAGCAGGGCCCCCCGGUUCUUUGCCUGCACGGCUGGCUGGACAAUGCCAACUCCUUUGACAGACUCAUCCCUCUUCUCCCAAAAGACUUCCAUUACGUUGCCAUGGAUUUCGGGGGACAUGGGCUCUCAUCGCAUUACAGCCCAGGUCUCCCGUAUUACCAGCAAAACUUUGUGAUUGAGGUCCAGAGAGUUGUAGCAGCUUUGAAAUGGAAUCGUUUUUCCAUCAUGGGCCACAGUUUUGGUGGUAUUGUGGGCGGAAUGUAUUCCUGUACCUUCCCCGAGAUGGUGGAUAAACUUAUCUUGCUGGACACGUUGCCAUGUGCCCUGGACUAUAAAGAGCUGGCCCCUUUGUCUGCAGCCCGGAGUCCUGCCCACCCAGCAGAACCUGCAACCCCCCAGGAAUUGGAGAACUUGCUGACCUAUAAGCGAGGAAUGAUAGAGCACAUGCUACAGAUAGAGGCCUCCCAGAAGCCCCAGCGAGUGCUCAGCCCGGAGGAGAUGCUGCAGGGGUUCCUGAAGAACAACAGUCACGUGGGUGAGGAAUGCGCACGGCUCCUCCUGCAGAGAGGAACCACCCAGGUGGCCACAGGUCUGGUGCUGAGCAGAGACCGGAGGAUCUCUUUGCCAGAGCACAGCAUCGAUUUCGUCAGCAGGGACCUGCUUGUGCAUUUCAUCAGGAAGCUGCAGGCCCACGUCCUGCUCAUCAAAGCAAUGCAAGGGUUUUAUAACGUGAGAAGAGAGAACGACGCUGACAAGGAGGCCCUAAAUUUGGUGAAGGACAUACUGAAAUCUGUCCUAAAGGAGUGGUUCCAGUACACAGAAGUCCCGGGCAAUCACUACGUCCACAUGAACCAACCCCAGCGUGUGGCCGGGAUCAUCGGCUCCUUUUUGAAGAGCAGUACCCUGAACCAGCUGUAGCCUGGGCCUGGGGCUUUGCCCCGCUCCCCCCACUCACCCCCCAGACUCCCUGCUCCCAAUCCCCACAGCCAGGCCAGGUGCGGUGGGGACAGGCCUCGCGGGUCUUGGAGACCAGCAGGGGCUGAGGCAGAGAAACCUGGGGCAGGGUUUGGAGGGAUGGGGCCAAGAUUCUGACUUUUGGUAUCUGAGACUUCAAGGGGGAGACACUGUUUGGACCUGGAGGGUUGUCCGUUUUGUGGCUGAUAAUCGGCAGUGAGUGGGUAGCGGAUGGAGGAAGGAAGGGCCAGGUUGCUGCCCAGCUGGAUGAAAAAUAAAAUGUUCUGUAUUCGCACUGUU